CACCAUGGUCGGUUCAGUGGAAAUCGUACUAUUAGCGCUCUGUGUUUUGGAGGCCGCAGCUUCGAACCCAACAUGGCAGGACGUUACACUGAAGAGGAGACAGAACGCAGAAGGCGACAUUCGCCUUGUGAAUGGGUCGACGCCGCUGGAGGGCCGACUGGAGGUGUACAGGGACGGCGCAUGGGGAACUGUAUGUGACGAUACGUGGGACUACGUUCCCGAGAACGCACAGGUCGUAUGUCGUCAGCUAGGAUACAGGGGAGGGGAAGCACGCACCAAUGUGGGGUGGUCGCCUUACGGAGCCGGAAGUGGCUCGAUAUACCGUUUCGGAUGUGGAGGGAGGGAGAAUCGUCUAGUCGACUGUGACCUCGUCAGAGGUGGUGGGUGUGCCCAUCAUGAGGAUGUGGGGGUCCGUUGUGAUCCCCAGACUGAUGGUACUAAACGGAUGGUGGACGGACCAACUGAGUUUGAGGGUCGGCUGGAGAUCUGGAGCGGAAUACGGUGGGGGAGCGUGUGUAAUAUUGGUUGGCACCCCGACAACGCCCAGGUGGUCUGUAGGGAACUGGCUUACUCGGGCGUUACAUCUGUUGAUGGAGAGACUGACUAUGGACAGGGGCGUGGCCCCACAUGGACGGACGACAUCAUCUGUAAUGGGGAUGAGGACGAGUUGGCGAACUGUAACUUCCAGUCUAAUCCCGACAGAGAUUGUUCCGGCGGUGACAUUGUGGGAAUACAUUGUACGCCUUAUGAGGAUGGACAGGUACGCCUGGUGGGUGGACCGUCUGAGUUGGAGGGACGACUAGAGGUGUAUCACAAUGGCCAGUGGGGAGUCGUCUGUAACCGCAAAGUGGACGAGGACAUUGCCACUGUCGUCUGUAGACAAUUGGGCUUCAGUGGGGGUUCCCAUGCCAGAGCUCAUGCCUUUGGAUACGGACAUAAUCCCGUCUGGAUGGAUAAUGUGAGAUGCACAGGCAACGAGAGGAAGCUUACUCGGUGUAGACUGUCAGAAUUUGUAGAGUUGGGAGACGAGAUCUGCUUCAGUUGGGAGGGAAUGGGUGUCAGAUGUGAUCCCUAAAUUCCACUACCAGUAUAAGUUUACAAUCCAUAGUUAAUGUGUUUUCGUCUUCAAUCCAUUGAGUCAAUGUGUGUCUAUCUGUAAUCCACGGAGUCAAUGUGACUCUGUCUAUACUCCAUUGAGUCAAUGUUUCUAUAAUCCUUUGAGUCAAUGUUUCUUUAAUCCAUUGCAUCAAUGUGUUUCUGUCUGUAAUCCACGGAGUCAAUGUGACUCUCUCUACAAUCCAUGGAGUCAAUGUGACUCUGUCUAUACUCCAUUGAGUCAAUGUUUCUAUAAUCCAUUGAGUCAAUGUUUCUAUAACCCAUUGCAUCAAUGUGUGUCUCUCUACAAUCCAUGGAGUCAAUGUGACUCUGUCUAUACUCCAUUGAGUCAAUGUUUCUAUAAUCCAUUGAGUCAAUGUUUCUAUAAUCCAUUGCAUCAAUGUGUUUCUGUCUGUAAUCCAGGGAGUUCAUGUGUUUCUGUCUGUAAUCCACUGAGUCAAUGUGACUCUCUCUAUAAUCCAUGGAGUCAAUGUGACUCUCUGUCUAUACUCCAUUGAGUCAAUGUUUCUAUAAUCCAUUGAGUCAAUGUUUCUAUAAUCCAUUGCAUCAAUGUGUUUCUGUCUGUAAUCCAGGGAGUCAAUGUGUUUCUGUCUGUAAUCUAC